AUGGCGCAUAGUGGUGGUGUUUUAAGUUCAGAUAUAUCACGGAGGAACCCACAAGAUGAGUAUGAACUCAUACAGAGGAUCGGAUCGGGCACCUACGGCGAUGUAUACAAGGCGAAAAGACUUAACAGCAAUGGCGAGCUGGCCGCCAUCAAGGUGAUCAAGCUGGAGCCGGGUGAUGACUUUGCCAUCAUCCAGCAGGAGAUUCUGAUGAUGAAGGACUGCAGGCACCCCAAUAUAGUCGCAUACUACGGCUCCUAUCUCAGACGAGAUAAGUUAUGGAUCUCGAUGGAGUAUUGUGGAGGAGGAAGCUUGCAGGACAUCUAUCACGUAACUGGUCCACUGACAGAACUCCAGAUAGCGUAUAUGUGCCGAGAGACCCUCACAGGACUCUCGUACCUACACAGCAUGGGAAAGAUGCAUCGUGAUAUAAAAGGUGCCAACAUACUUCUGACUGAAUGCGGAGAUGUGAAGCUGGCUGACUUUGGGGUGUCAGCGCAGAUCACAGCCACCAUUAACAAACGGAAGUCUUUCAUCGGCACACCGUAUUGGAUGGCUCCUGAGGUGGCAGCUGUUGAGCGCAAGGGUGGUUACAACCAGCUUUGUGAUAUCUGGGCAUGCGGGAUCACUGCUAUUGAGCUAGCAGAACUCCAACCGCCAAUGUUCGAACUCCAUCCCAUGCGGGUGCUGUUCCUCAUGUCCAAGUCCGGGUUCAAACCACCGCAGCUAAAGGAGCGUGAGCGGUGGUCCGCUGUCUUCCACUCCUUCUUGAAACUCUCGCUCACCAAGAACCCAAAGAAGCGGCCAACAGCUGAUAAAUUAUUACAGCACGCGUUCUUCCAACAAGACAUGAGCAAAAGACUCGCGAUAGAGUUGCUGCACAAGUACUCCAACCCACCUACGCACUGUCUCAACCCUGAGGACGAUGAUGGGGCCAUAACAAACGUACCACAGCGUAUCGCGUCCAAGCACACGGGCCGCGGUGGCCGGCGGGUGUUAGCUGAACAAGCGCAAUUGUCGCAAUCUCGCUCCACCAACCACGUCCGACCCCGCAGCCUGCUCUCAGAGCUCAGCGUCCCCGCUGCGCCCAGACCGCACUCGCUCCUGCACGAGGACCCCGUUCAGGCCGCCAACCGGCAGCGAGGAUUGACCGCAGAAGGACGGGAGCCCUGUCGAAGGUCCGGGGUCUACGAUGAUUCGCCAAUUGUAGACCUGGAUGCUGACGAUGAUCUGAGCGUUCGCUCCAUGCCGAAGGUUAUCAAUUUCAGUGCGGAGGUCAAUAGGAGUUGUGAUGGGGAUACUGUUAAGAGGAAAAUGUACCACAGACAAUCUAGUGAAGACUGGAGCGUAGCUUCGUUGAUGAGUUGUCCAAAACACAAUCCUCUCACACAAGAUCUCUCCACCGACACGAUACCUUCAAGUGAAAAGGCAACUCUACCUCUUACCGCCGACACUGCUUCGAUGGCGCAAGCCAGCAAUUCAGCGCUAUCGAUCCACGACCAACAUCUUUCACAAUGCAUACAACUGAAACAAAAUUUCCUUAAUAAUUCUACUACAAAUAUCUACCAAAAUCUCGCCUCGAAUGUCAGUCCCAUCGCUGCUUCUAGGGUAUCUAUUGAUGAUCCUCUUUGUCGGAAGAUAGGUGAAGAUAUACUUUACGUAGAUCAACUAGAAAGCGAACAUAUAGAUACACCUCUAAGAAACGCCAACUGCGAAUGUGGACUGUGCCCUAAACCGGAACCCAGAGACAAUAACACUCUAAGCGAUCUACAAAGAUCUGUGGUCCAGUGUUCUUGUGACGUAUGCAAUUCGAACGGAGAUAUACUUAGCUAUUACAGAAACUGUUCAAACCAAAAUACCGAUUCGGGCAUAGUGUACUGUGAGCAUUGUAAAAAGCAAAAGAUAUCCGUAUCAAACUUUAGGGCUUUACAAAUCGCGAAUAGAUUACGAAUAUCCGAAGACGAUAAAUUACACAACGGCGGCUCGUCGGACGACGACCUCUGUAGGAAAAUCGAUAUAAGUAUGAAUAUGGACGAGAAAUUUGAACAUAGGAAGAAACAUAAUAGGCAUAACUCGGAUUCCGUCACCCCAGGCAUCGAUCUUAAUCAGUUUUGUCAGUGCGAGCUAGACGUGAAGAGAAAAACUUCGUCCGUCGACGAGAUAUUCAAGAUGGUCGACGAGAACGGACGGGACGUCAAGGCGGAAACCAUCGACGAGGAGGGAAAGACUAGUCAGAGACAGAGGAGUCUGUCCGAUAGUCAGAGAGAUAAAGCCAAAGUCGAUAACAAAGUGUCGGUGGAGGCGGGCACCCCGCCCGUGCCGCCGCGCCGCUCGCGCUCGCGGCGCGCGCACAGCCCGGCGCGCGCCGCGCCCAACGGCCUGCCGCCCACGCCCAAGGUGCACAUGGGGGCGUGCUUCUCUAAGGUAUUCAAUGGAUGUCCCUUGAGAAUAAAUUGUACAGCCUCGUGGAUACAUCCGGAUACGAGAGAUCAACAUCUGCUAAUCGGUGCGGAAGAAGGCAUCUACACACUAAACCUGAAUGAAUUACAUGAAACGGCAAUGGACCAAUUAUGUCCAAGACGAACAAUAUGGUUGCAUGUUAUCAAAGAUGUCCUCAUGUCUCUCUCUGGCAAGACCCCUUCAUUGUACAGGCACGAAUUAUUAGCAUUAAUUGGCAGCGCACGUGGUGGACGAUCUCUUAGGGUAUUACCACCGCGGUUACUGCCUAGAAGAUUUGCACUUACGACUAGAGUACCAGAUACAAGAGGUUGUACGCGUUGCGCGGUGGCUCGAAACCCGUACAACGGCUACAAGUACCUGUGCGGAGCGACACCUGCGGGGCUGUUCCUCAUGCAGUGGUAUGACCCGCUUAGGAAGUUUAUGCUGCUAAAGAACAUAGAAUGUCUUUUACCCUCUCCGCUGUUGGUUUUCGAGCUGAUCAUCACUCCUGAGCUGGAGUACCCCCUACUCUGCGUAGGCGCCACCAGGAAACCCAUGAGGCUGAAUCUGCUCAACAUCAAUUCUGGUGCCAGCUGGUUCCACUCCGACGAGUUGGAGGCGUGUGUGGGCGGGUCCAACACGGUGAUACCUCGGCCGGAGCGGCUACACACACUGCGGGCAGUUCACCAACUCAACAAAGACUCGGUGUUGGUGUGCCAUGAGAACGUGGUGGAUAUAAUCCCUGUGUUGCCAGCCUCCGUGGACUCCCGCUGGAGACAGGAGCCUGACAAGCGGAGGGGGAAACUGCUCAACAGGAUACAGUUUGAUUUCAAUAUCGACAGCAUAUUGUGCCUGGCGGACUCGGUGCUGGCCUUCCACCGGCACGGGGUUCAAGGCCGGUCGCUGCGGAACGCGGAGAUCACGCAGGAGAUCACGGACCACUCACGAUCCUACAGGCUCUUGCCACACGACAAGGUGGUAGUUCUAGAAUCACACACGCUUCAAAGCAACACUCUAACGAGCGAAGACGGGAAUGAUCUCUACAUACUAGCGGGACACGAAGCCUCAUACUGA